GUAAGUAAUAGAGAAUGGAUUUCGAGAGUCCGGAUGUAGAAAAAGAAUUUCCUGGAUUAUACGCCUCGGAAUCGGCCAAGAAAAGUAACGAAAGUGAUUUUAGUGAUGAAGGUGGACACGACAAACAUUCUAAAAAAGAACUUCUUGGCGGUAAACGAAAAGAAAAGAAAGAUCGAAAAGAUCGAGGAUAUGCCACCUUAGAAGGUGAAAGUUCCCCUGACGAAGAUCAGGAAACAAAAAGUCCUUCAAAGUCAAAAAAGACCAAAGCUUUCAAAUUUCCAUCAAAGAAAGAAAAACGUGAAAAGUCUAGAGAGAAAGAAGGUAAGGAGAAGGAUGGUGAAAAGGAAAAAGAUAAAAAGAAAAAAGACAAAGAUGAAAAAGAUGUAGAGAAAGAAAAACGGAAAGAAAAAGAGAAAGAUAAAGCAAAGCAAAAAUUAAAAGAUCGUAAAAAAGGAAAGCAUGGUGGAGAGGAGGGCUUAGAUAUUGGGGAGGAGCAACCAGUAUUUGGUGUUAGCCUGCAUUUAGCAGUGGAAAGAAGUCGUUGUCAUGAUGGUGUUGAACUACCUUUAGUUGUAAGAGAUUGUAUUGAUUUUGUAGAAGAGCAUGGAAUGAAUAUAGAAGGUCUAUAUAAAGUUCCAGGAGUGAAAUCAAAAGUUCAGUAUUUAAAAAAGUUAUACAACCACAGGGAACCUGUGAAUUUAUCUGAAUUUGAACCUACAGUAGCUACAAGUUUAAUGAUAUUGUUUCUUAGAGAGCUACCAGAGCCUGUGUUAGAGAACAGUGAAAUGAUAUCUAGGUUUGAACAAGCAGCAUCUACAAAAGAUGUUGUACAGCGAGAAGUACAAUUAAUGCACAUAACUCAACAACUUCCUGAAUGUAAUAAAGUUCUUCUUGCUUGGGUUAUAUUACAUUUAGAUCAUGUCACAGCACGUGAAAAAACAACUAAAAUGAAUGCUCAAACUAUCUCAAUGACAUUAAGUCCUGUACUACAAAUGAGUCACAGGCUGUUAUUAGCUUUGUUAUUUCACUGCAAAGCCCUCUUUCCAAAUGUACAAUUAACAAAAUAUGUGCCGCCACUUUCGUCCGGCAGUGUUAAUCUUCCAGAUUCUGUAGAAAGUAUAGCUGCUGAAUUAUCUAAACAAGAAUCAUUACUCUCGCAAAUACACAUGCAAAUGAAUGCUGGCUUUGUUACGAAAUCACGCGAGGAACAAUUGUGGGAAGUACAACGUAUGAUAACACAAUUAAAGAGGAAAUAUAAAACGGUUCAAAAAAUGGAAGGUGCUGCACAAAAAAGUUUGGAUGAAGAAGUAAAAUCAAAUGAAGAACCUGUGGUAGAAUCAAAUGUACAAAAAGCAAAAACAGAAGAGGAAGAUGUAGAACAUAUAAAAUCUGAAGCCCAAACGACGUCUACAUUGACGUUGAAAAAAAGUAGUAAAACACAUGUUCCAGAAGACAAUAAAGAACCAACAAGUACAAAUGUUACUCCAAAUGAACGAAGUGUUCAUAUAUAUGACAAGGAUAUCGUUGACUCUGCUGAAACAUCUGCUCUUGCAUCACAAUUUAAUGAACAAGAAAAUGCUUCGUCUAGGGCAAACGAAAAUGUUCCAGCAGAGGAAUCCGAGCCUGAAGAUGCUAUUGACAAGUUAAGAGAGAGUUUAAUUUAUGAAGAAUUACUAAAUAUGCAGGCAUUGCUAAAAUCGCGAAUAAAUCAAGAAAGAUACGAAAUUAAACGAUUACUGGAAGUGUUAUCGGAACGCGGUCCAGAAAAGAAGAAACCAAAGGAACGAGUACAUUCGCCGAAUGAAGCAGAAAUGACAGCAAUGAUUCAAUUAGUCAAAGAAAAUCAAUUACUUGAGAAAAAGAUGACCACUUUAAUUCGCAGUAUAAUAGAAGAAAAGGAUGCCUGUAUAGAACUGCGUGUUCAGUUAGCAGUCCAUCAAUUAGCAGCUAAAACCUGACCAUUGAUUAUAAAAUAAUAUUUUAAAUUUAUCAAAAAGCAUUACACAGAUUCUGAAAAUAUGUAACAUGAUGUUUUGCACAGAAUGAACAUAUAUAGUUUAUAAGAUGUUACU